AUGUCCUUGAGGGGCAGUACAAAGAAGCUGUCUGGGAUGAGAUUUCACGACAUGUCGGUCUCCGCCCUUGAGGAGAACGAGGAGGCCGAGGCUGAGGCCGAGACCGAGGAGCGCAAGGAAACUGAGGCGGAGAUCCUGAUGGAUGCGGCUGGGGGCGCGAGCCAGUUCAGCAUGCCAGACCAGAAGGGCCGGCUGCCGGUGCACGUCGGGGCGGUGUCCAAGCGUCUGGACACGAUGACGCUGCUCCUCGAGUUGCGCGCGAACGUGGAUGCCGCGGACAAGGAUGGCAACACACCCUUGAUCCUCGCGGCCCGCCUGGACGACCGCUGGAUGGUGGAGGUCAUCCUGAAGUUCGGCGCCGACACGGGUAUCAGGAACUCUGACAACGAGACCUGCUACUCCUACGCCACGGCGCACGUGAAGGAGUUGAUCCUCCACUGGGUCCAGCAGCAGAAGUACACGCCGAACGUGGUGUUUCCGCUGCCCCCGUGCCCGCUGCAGCAGCUGUACCGGGUCCGUGUGGAGGCCAUACCAAUGUUAAUGCACCUGCCAGAGCUUGAAGAACAGGUUCUGCAGUUCUUCGCGAAACUGUCCUACGAGAAGCCGAUGCGGAUCAUUGUCCCCUCGGAGCCCAUUCAUGGGUGGCCCAAGGGCUUCUGCUAUGCGGACUAUUCUGAGAAGCAGCACGCUUUGGACAUCUGCAAGGCGUCGAAGGUAGAUGGCAUCUUCAUGAUGCGGCGCCGGCUGAACUUCAUCAACCAGGGUGUGCACUACCAGUACAAGGACCCGACUGCCGAGGAGGCGGCCAAAGAGGAGCCGAACGAGCCCUGA